AUGUACGGAGACUUUCAACGGAUCCCUUAUCCCACCCACAAGAGCCCCAUGGACGGCGAUACAGCCCAUCGAGACCUCGACUGGGUCUAUGCCUCCCAGACCGAUCGCAUCUAUGUCCUCCGGGUUGGCGAGUUUGGUGUUACGCGCCAGCAGAAGCUGGACGUGCUGCAAACCGUCUUCUGGCCCGCCCUGGCCCGCUGGGUCAUCUCGAGGCAGCUGAUUCUGCCUGGCGGCACCAUCCUUGGCGGCUGGUGGCGUGCCGACAUGCAGGGGAUGAUGGACUGGUAUCGCGAGUGCCUUCACAUGACGGCGCGGUGGGAAGACGCCAUCAUCGCUCACACGGACGGCAUCUGGAGGACGGCGCUCGAAACGUCUCCCUGGCGAGACUGGCCCGAGUUCUUCCUUCUCUUGAACGAGCCUGUCCGAGAUGCCAACGGCCAGGCCGUCCGAGAUGCCCAGGGCCGCAUCGUGUAUCAAAAACGAGACCCAACGACCGACGGUAUGGAGGAUGCGUUUCUGGACGUGUGGGAGGCUGUGGCCAAUUCCCGACCGCUGGCAGAUUUCGUGGAUAAUCGCACCAGCAAGGAUGGUAAUUUGCUUGCUUCGCGAACACGUACAACGACAGAUUUCGCACAAUCUAUUCCAGCCAUAAAACCAGCAAUCACAUUAUCACCCCAUCUCGUUUCCAUCCAUCCAAAUGAGGAAGAUGGCCAUAUCCAAUCCGUGAAAAGCAUCAAGGAAGAAAACACAUACGCAGAGCAUUAG